AUGAACUCCUACUUCGACAUACUACGGGCAGGCACCGUCCUUGGUAAGAACAAUAGGCCAGGUCGUCGGGACAAUAGUAGAGGUCUCAAAGGAGCUAAUCCUGGUACUGUGCAGAAGGCGGAUAGUAUAUUCCUUGGUGGGGGGAGCUCAGCAUCUACAUCAUCCUCAUCAAUAGAGCUACCACACCGGCGUCAUCAUCAUCGUGGUAAGAAGAAGGGUAAGGGUAAUGAGGCUGGUGAGGGAGAGGAGGUGGAGCAGCUGCUGCUGCAUGAGGAUAAGGCAGCUGAUAUAGAGCUCUUCAAUAAUGAUGGAAACGACGAGAAGGAAGAGGAUGAGGAAGAGAGAGAUGAUACUAAUGAGGAGGAUGGUGUAGAGGAUGAUGCUGUUGAUGAUGAUAAGGCACAGAGGAGUAGGAAGAAAACUGUUACUCCAGCACGACGAUUGGAGAUGGCAAACCAUUUCCGUAAAGAGAACCGUAUUGGAGUAAGCGGUACCUCCAACCCUCCCGACCCUAUAUUAACCUUCGACACCGAUAGUGAUGAUGAUAGAGUAUCCAAGUGGUUAAAGGAAGCCAUGACUAAGAGCGGAUUCCCCAAGCCUACCCCUAUCCAAUCACAGGCUAUCCCUCUAAUGUUAACUGGUGACCAUCUAUUAGCACAGGCCCCUACUGGUAGUGGUAAAACCCUAGCCUUCAUUGUGCCACUACUACAACGCUUAGCAAGACCUGAGAAAAAGUUCUGUAGAGGUAUUAUAGUAGAUCCCACACGGGAACUAGCUGUCCAAACAGUGAGGGAGGCUGACAGAUUGAUACAAGCAUGCACCAAGAAGUUCAGGAUCAAGCUACUCGAUAAGAAUACUAAUGUUAAGAGGCUUGAUAUCGGGGUACAGACACCUUUAGGCCUAGUACAGGCUCUGAGGGAGGGUAAAGUGGACUUCAAUAAUACUCAAGUUAUUGUCUUCGAUGAAGGUGAUAAGUUGCUAGAUCUGGGUUUCCAGGACCAAAUUGACGAGAUUAUCAAGUAUGCUAAUGAGGAGGAUGAACGUCGUAGGACUGCUGGUAGUGCCCUUGGUACUAUUCAACUAUCACUAUUCUCUGCUACUAUGCCUGACAAUGUAGUGCAUCUUAUGAUGAGUGUUAUGGAUCCACCACCGAAUAGGGUAUGGGUCGGCCAACAAGGUUCGGCUGCUAAGGAUGUACAACAACGCCUCCUGUUCUGUGGUAAUGAGGAGGGCAAGCUAGUGGCCCUGCGUAGAAUGAUAGCCAACGGUGAAGUAAAGCCACCAUGUCUAGCGUUCGUACAGAGCAAGGCUAGAGCACAGGAGCUCACUAAGGAAUUGAUGUUUGAUGGUGUAUUCGUUGCUUGUAUUCACUCUGAUAUGAGUCGUAAACAGAGGGAUACGUGUAUAGAGAANNNNUUCAAGUCAGACAACCCGGAGAAGCGUGCUCGUGCUAUCGUCCAGGCCGUUACUCAUUUCAAGGACCCUAAGAUCGUCGCUGAGGUGUCCGAGGACCUCGGUAAGCCUAUGACUGGCAUCAACUGUGAUGAGCUCAAGGUCCGCUUUGCCGAACGUGAGGGUGGUAACAUGCCUACUACCAAUGGCAAGGAGGAUAAGCAAGUCAUCAAGGGUAGUAACUACUGA